CCGAAGUUCCUGGUCUUGUCUUCACUUCGCUGUGUCCCUUUUCCUAGAGGCCCAGCUAAGAUGCCAGGUCUCCUGGAAGCCUAGAAAUGGAACCUUUGAAAUUUAGGGACGUGGUCAUAGAAUUCUCUCUGGAGGAGUGGCAAUGCCUGGACACUGCACAGCAGAAUUUAUAUAGAAAUGUGAUGUUAGAGAACUACAGAAACCUUGUCUUCCUGGGUAUUGCUGUCUCUAAGCCAGAGCUGAUCACCUGGCUGGAGCAAGAAAAAGAGCCUUGGACUAUAAAGAGACAUGAGCUGGUGGCCAAACCCUCAGUUAUUUGCUCUCAUUUUGCCCAAGACUUUUCACCAGAGCAGAACAUAAAAGAUUCUUUUCAAAAAGUGACACUGAAAAGAUAUGGAAAAUGUGAACAUGAGAAUUUACAGUUAAGAAAAUGUAGUAAGAGUGUGAAUGAGUGCAAAGUGCAAAAAGGAGGUUAUAAUGGACUUAACAAAUGUUUGCCAAUUACCCAGAGCAAAAUAUUUCAAUGUGAUGAAUACAUGAAAAUCUUUCAUAAAUUUUCAAAUCUAAGUGGACAUAAGAUAAGACAUACUGGAAAAAAAACUUUUAAAUGUAAAGAAUUUGGCAAAUCAUUUUGCAUGUUUUCAAACCUAACUCAACAUAAAAUAAUCCAUACGAGAGUAAAUUUCUACAAAUGUGAAGACUGCGGAAAAGUUUUUAAUGGAUCCUCAAUCUUUACUAAACAUAAAAGAAUUCAUAUUGAAGAGAAAUCCUACAAAUGUGAAAAAUGUGGCAAAGUCUUUAACCAGUCCUCAGCCCUUACUACACAUAAGAUAAUUCAUACCAGAGAGAAACUCAACAAAUAUAAGGAAUGUGGCAAAACUUUCAACCAGUCCUCACACCUUACUAGGCAUAAGAUAAUUCAUACUGGAGAGAAGAUCUACAAAUGCGGAGAAUGUGGCAAAGCCUUUAGGCAGUCCUCCCACCUUACUACACAUCAGACAAUUCAUACUGGAGAGAAACCAUACAAAUGUGAAGAAUGUGGCAAAGCCUUUAGGCAGUCCUCACACCUUACUACACAUCAGACAAUUCAUACAGGAGAGAAACCCUACAAAUGUGAAGAAUGUGGAAAAGCUUUUAACCAAUCCUCAAAACUUACUGAACAUAAAAUCAUUCAUACUGGAGAGCAACCCUACAAAUGUGAGGAAUGUGGCAAGGCUUUUAACCGAUCCUCAAAACUUACUGAACAUAAGAAAAUUCAUACUGGAGAGAUACCCUACAAAUGUGAAGAAUGUGGCAAAGCUUUUAACCGAUCCUCAAAUCUUACUGAACAUAAGAAAAUUCAUACUGAAGAGAAACUCUUCAAAUGUGAAGAGUGUGGCAAAGCUUUUAAACACUCCUCAGCCCUUACCACGCAUAAAAAAAUUCAUACUGGUGAGAAACCCUAUAAAUGUGAAGAAUGUGGAAAAGCUUUUAACCGAUCCUCAAAGCUUACUGAACAUAAGAAAAUUCAUACUGGAAGGAAACCCUACAAAUGUGAGGAAUGUGGCAAAGCUUUUAUCCGAUCCUCAAAACUUACUGAACAUAAGAAAAUUCAUACUGGAGAGAUACCCUACACAUGUGAAGAAUGUGGCAAAGCUUAUAAACACUCUUCAUCCCUUACUGCCCAUAAGAGAAUUCAUACUGGAGAGAAACUCUACAAAUGUGAAGAAUGUGGCAAAGCUUUUAACAAGUCUUCACACCUUACUAGACAUAAGAGCAUUCAUAGUGGAGAGAAACCCUACCAAUGUGAAAAAUGUGGCAAAGCGUUUAAACAAUCCUCAAUUCUUACUGAACAUAAGAAUAUUCAUACUGAAGAGAAACCAUACAAAUGUGAAGAAUGUGGCAAAGCGUUUAACCGGUCCUCAAACCUUACUACACAUAAAAGAAUUCAUACUGGAGAGAAACCCUACAAAUGUGAAGAAUGUGGCAAAGCUUAUAACUGGUCCUCAACUCUUAUUAAACAUAGGAGAAUUCAUACUGGAGAGAAACCCUACAAAUGUGAAGAAUGUGGCAAAGCUUUUAAACAAUGCUCAAACCUUACUGCACAUAAGACCAUUCAUACUGGAGAGAAACCCUACAAAUGUGAAGAAUGUGGCAAAGCUUUUACACAAUCCUCAAGCCUUAGUGAACAUAAGAAUAUUCAUACUGAAAAGAAACCAUACAAAUGUGAAGAAUGUGGCAAAGCCUUUAACUGGUUCUCAAACCUUACUACACAUAAAAGAAUUCAUACUGGAGAGAAACCCUACAAAUGUGAAGAAUGUGGCAAAGCUUUCAACCAGUCCUCAAUCCUUACUACACAUAAGAGAAUUCAUACCAGAGAGAAAUCCUACAAAUGUGAAGAAUGUGGCAAAGCAUUUAACCGGUUUUCAAACCUUACUACACAUAAAAGAAUUCAUACUGGAGAAAAACCUUACAAAUGUGAAGAAUGUGGCAAAGCUUUUAGCCAGUCCUCAAUCCUUACUACACAUAAGAGAAUUCAUACCAGAGAGAAAUCCUACUGCAAAUGUAAAGAAUGUGGCAAAUCAUUCUGCAUGCUUUCACACCUAACUCAACAUAAAAGAAUUUAUACCAGAGUGAAUUUCUACAAUUGUGAAGAAUGUGAAAAAGCUUUUAACCAAUCUUCGAAGCUUACUACACAUAAGAGAAUUUAUACUUGUGAGAAACUCUUCAAAUGUCAAGAAUGUGACAAAGCUUUUAAACAAUUCUCAAACCUUACUGAAUAUAGAAAAAAUUAUACCCGAGAAAAAUCAUACAAAUGUGAAGAAUGUGGCAAAGCCUUUAACCAGUCCUCACACCUUACUACACAUAAGAUAAUUCAUACAGGAGAGAAACCCUACAAAUGUGAAGAAUGUGGCAAAGCCUUUAAUCAGUUCUCAAAUCUUACUACACAUAAGAAAAUUCAUACUGGAGAGCAACCCUACAUAUGUGAAGAGUGUGGCAAAGCUUUUACCCAAUCCUCGACUCUUACUACACAUAAGAGAAUUCAUACAGGAGAGAAACCCUACAAAUGUGAAGAAUGUGGCAAAGCUUUUAACCGAUCCUCAAAACUUACUGAACAUAAAAACAUUCAUACUGGAGAGCAGCCCUACAAAUGUGAGGAAUGUGGCAAAGCUUUUAACCGAUCCUCAAAUCUUACUGAACAUAAGAAAAUUCAUACUGAAGAGAAACCCUACAAAUGUAAAGAAUGUGGCAAAGCUUUUAAACACUCUUCAGCCCUUACAACACAUAAAAGAAUUCAUACUGGUGAGAAACCCUACAAAUGUGAAGAAUGUGGCAAAGCUUUUAACCGAUCCUCAAAACUUACUGAACAUAAGAAACUUCAUACUGGAAAGAAACCCUACAAAUGUGAGGAAUGUGGCAAAGCUUUUAUCCAAUCCUCAAAACUUACUGAACAUAAGAAAAUUCAUACUGGAGAGAUACCCUAUAAAUGCGAAGAAUGUGGCAAAGCUUUUAAACACUCCUCCUCCCUUACUACACAUAAGAGAAUUCAUACUGGAGAGAAACCCUACAAAUGUGAAGAAUGUGGCAAAGCUUUUAAUCGAUCCUCAAAACUUACCGAACAUAAGAUAAUUCAUACUGGGGAGAAGCCCUAUAAAUGUGAGAGAUGUGACAAAGCUUUUAACCAAUCUGCGAACCUUGCUAAACAUAAAAAAAUUCAUAUUGGAGAGAAAAUCUACAAAACUGAAAGAUGUGACAAUGAUUUUGACAACACCUUAAACUUUUCUAAAUAUAAAGAAAAUCAUACUGGUGAAAAAUACUAGCAAUGUGAAGAAUGUGUCAAAGACUUUAAAUAAUUUUCACACUUGGUUGUACGUAAGAUAAUUCAUACUGGAGAAAAUUAAGUGUGACGUAUUUGGCAAUACUGUUAAUGCCCAAAUCUUAUUGCACAGGAAAGCAUUUAUACUUGAGAAAAAUUGUACAAAUACAAAGAAUAUGGAAUAGCCAUUAAUAUCUGCUCACAUCUUACUCUAUCAGAAUGUUGGCACUUAAUAAAAGCAUUAUAAAUGCAAUUACUGUCAAAAA